GCGUGUGUGCGUGCGUGUGGCUAGAUUUCGUCACGGAACUUCAGUGUCAAAUCAGUAGCAAGACAAGUCGCAGCGCGGUCUUGGGAUGAACGUUUAAAUGUCUGUGCUAACGACCGCGAAUUCGCAGAAUAGGUCCCACCAAGUUUCCAGUGCAAAGUCACGCGUAUCAUGAUUCGGUAACGAUCGGCGAUAAUUCCGCUCUUACAGCGACUUCAUUGAUUACAUAAAAGUUUGAAAUAUUUCCCUUUUGACGCGCGCCCUCCCUCGAUAUCGUAAGUAUGCAUGUUAUAUACUUCAGCACACGGUAGAACAUGCGGUAAUACAUAUGCACACAAAUAACAACUUAGCCAUGGCAUGUAUCACGAUGAUAAGACCGUCAAAUUUGAAACACUUCUACCAUUUACUGUCAAAAAAUUCUCACCCCUUGCUGCUUAGCUUGAAAUGUUGCAAUUAUUCUGAAAGCUCGACAAUGCCUGUCACUGAUGGACCAGUUAAGCUCUUAUCCGAUAAGAUAGCGCGGGGUGAUUUAAUCCGCGACGAUCACCAAUUAAGAAUAGCGGAAAGCCUAGAAAGGGUUUACCAAAAAUUGAGAAAUUACACCCCGCCGCCGAAGCCCAAUUUUUGGAACAGGUUGAUCGGGAGAGUUAGGGGAAAAGCAAGGGGGAAGAAAGAUGAUAAAACGCCAAAAGGAUUGUACCUCUAUGGAGCUGUGGGUGGAGGUAAAACAAUGUUGAUGGACCUAUUCUAUAACUGCUGUCAGGUUGAAAAGAAAAAACGGGUUCACUUCCACUCGUUCAUGCUUGACGUGCAUAGCAAGAUUCAUGAUGUUAAGAAAAAUGUCGUUAGAGAUCACAGUAGCACCAAGCUUCAGCCUUUCGACCCGAUUCCACCAGUUGCCGAGGCGAUUAGCGAUAAGACUUGGUUGUUGUGCUUCGAUGAGUUUCAGGUUACAGAUAUCGCCGAUGCUAUGAUCCUGAAACGAUUGUUCACCGAACUCUUUGACAACGGAGUGAUAGUUAUUGCCACGAGUAAUAGGGCACCGGAUAAUUUGUAUAAAAACGGUUUGCAGAGGGCAAACUUCUUCCCAUUCAUCCAAAUCCUAAAAGAUCACUGUAUAAUCGAAACACUCGAUUCAGGCAUUGAUUACAGGCAAAAAAUUGGCCCUGGCAAAGACAAGAACUAUUUUAUCAAGGGGAAAGACGUGGACGACGGUGUUGACAAGCUGUUUAAAUAUUUGUGCUCCAUGGAAAAUGAUAUCGUUAGGUCUAGAACCAUCAGCAUCAAGGGUCGUAAUGUUACGUUUUCUAAAACAUGCGGGCAGGUUCUUGACUCUACGUUUGACGAGAUAUGUGAUCGGCCUCUCGGAGCCAGCGAUUAUCUCCAAUUAUGCCAGUUCUUUCAUACUGUGAUUAUUCGAGAUGUACCACCACUGAAUUUCAAGCUCAAAUCUCAGUCUAGACGAUUUAUCACACUGAUUGAUACACUCUACGAUAACAAGAUUAGAGUAGUUAUAUCUGCUGAUCUUCCGCACAUGCAAUUAUUUACUCCUGAAGGAGAGAGCGAGUACACUGAUGAAAAGCGAAUGCUGAUGGAUGAUCUAAAAAUAAGUAUAGGCUCGGAGGAUCACAAAUCGAGCAUAUUUACCGGGGAGGAAGAAUUGUUUGCUUUUGAUAGAACCAUAUCACGACUUUCGGAGAUGCAAACCAGGGAUUAUUGGGAACAAUGGGAAAAGCAAAGAUAAUAGUGGGAAAUUAGAUACUAAUUUUUACAUGCAGCAAAACUCAACUGUCGAAUAUAGUGAUUAAUUUUAAACGCGUCCUUGUACAUACCGUACAAAGCAAGACCCUCUCGUUUACUUUUAGAGUUUACAAUCGUGAUUAGCAGCUCGACGAAACAAGAAAAGCAUGUAAAUGUAAAUACGUUAAAAGCCGUUUGACGUGAAAAAACUUACUCAGCUGUUGUUUUCCGAUGGUGUUGAGAGAUGACUAGGUAUUUAAUUUCUGGUUAAUAACUUAUUUGUUAUAGUAGGUGUUUCAACUUAUUAAAUUUACAUACAAUUUUGGUAUGUAACGAUGUUGAGUAAAUAUCACUGGCGUUGUUUUCGUAGAUUUGUUGAUAAUAAUAUAGUCGGCAAUGUCGUUUAGAGAACAAGAUGAGAUGCAAAAUUGAAAUAAAAUUAAAGAUUAUUCGAAAUAAAUCCGUUUAUUACAUUUUAGUCAAAUUAUAUAUAUACUUUCAAAACAUAAUAAUUCAAUCUAUGCGCUAAAAUAGGUACACAAAGUCGAGUAAAUUUGUAACAAAGCAGACUUUAAAAGUACUUGAAACAGUCGUCAAACAUUGCACAGCUAAGUCAUACACAGUUUUAAAAUAAAGCCUAUCGUUACCACACUGACAUUUAUCAAAUAAUUCAAAGGUAUAUUCAUUCUUCUCGUCAAUAAAUCCUUUCCACAUAUUUCGUGCGUCUGGUAAAAGAAUAGAUUCAUGGUGGCCAUUUUUUGUGCAACGAAUAAAUGGUUUGAUACUGGCGACAGGCAGAUAAUGUGUUGAAGUUUUUUUUUCUUCAUGUUUUUCUUUUGCAAAAUGUAAUCAUUUUUUGUGUUAAAAAGAUAUAUUAAGGAUGCUAAAAUUGUUCACCACUCUUUGAAAGAAGAAGUAAUAACGAUAUUUAGUCAAAUUGAUUAGCAUCGUAUAUAAAUAAUUAAGAAAAUUGAUGAUCGCCAUUUCUACUGAUGUAAUAAUUGUUUAAUGACGAUAUAAAUACCUUGAAGGCAAGGUGUCAUGAGAAGGAUAAAUCUAUGAUUUAAUACAUGUUACGUUAUCCGUAAAAUUCAAAUUAAACAAAGUUAAAGAA